GUUUUCUUCUUUUUAAUGUGUAAAUGUUAUUUGUACCAGUAUUUUCUAUGGUCAUUUGUGUUACAUGUUAGUAGGGUUUAGCUUUUGAAUGCAAUAUACAUCAAUUUAAUAAAUAAAUAAAUAAAUAAAUAAAUAUUGUUAAAAGUAGAUUAGUAGGGUAGAGUCAUGCAGGAGAUUACUAAUUGUUAACACACUGAACAACACAACGGGGUUACACACAGUGGGUACAACUUGUCUUCGAGAACAACAACAAUACCGUUAAGGGUUACAGCACAGAACGCAUCUUCAACAUCUCUCGCCCCGCUUGGUGAUGAGAAGGAGAAGUGGAAAGGGUAUGGGGGUGGCACCUAAAGCCAAAAGGAGGGUUCGAGGACAUGUUGAAGACCGCCACCGGUCACUUAGUCCCAGGCGUUCGUGUGCCCAACACCAAAAAGUUAAAGUGGAGUUUAAAGUCCAGUGUGAGAAGUGGAUCCAGAACCUGUGUGUUAGAUCCAGGUCAAUCAGGACCUUGUAAAAGACGUACAAUUUGUACGCGAGUGGUUGGUAUCCGUGCCUUUGGAACCGCCAUUUUGAGUUCCGACCGACGCGGUCGAUCGGAACGGGCACACGAGUCGGCCCAGCCGGUGUGAAUGCCGUGAAGCUUUCCGGUUGCGUCUUACCGUAAAAGACCUACCGCGCUCUGGCCUGCGGGCCAUCAUCGUUAAGGAGCGAUCUCUCGGGCAAGAACUGCCCUAAUUCCCAAGGAGAGACCCCUCUCCCUGCUGUCACUCCGGCCUUGCCUGGACAGUGGGGAUCGCGCCAAUGAGGGAGGACGCCUGAAUAACCCCAACAUCAACUCCACGCCACCCCGAAACCCCAAUCCGACAAUCCGGACCCUGUCGGUCCACCCAAGCUCGCACACCGGAAGUGCGAGGCCACGUGUGCGGCCACUGUGUCGGCGAAGCCGGCCAGGAUCUCGAGUUCCAGGCCGUUGUAGCAGUGGCGAGCGCUCGCCAAAACCUCCCAUCCGCAGCAGAAGAAGAAGUCGCCCAGCAGCAGCAGCAGCAGCAGAAAUCGUACCGGUACGUUACCCAAUAAACCCCCACACACACACACACUUAACACGUAGUUUUAAUAAAGAUUCCCCCCCCCCCCUUAGUUGUUUAGUUUUCCUUCAAUAAAAUCUUGGUUUUCUUACAUAAUUAAAAUAGUUUUUCUUGUCUGGUUAGAACAGUGACACAAUUUCUCAUAGCCCAAAAGUUCUGGUACGAUUUGUCGUUGUCGUUGUUGCGCCAUCACCCCGAGCCUAGUAGUACGCCGACCCUUGGGAUUUUCCCGGAGUCUUGGCCUCCAAACUGAGAAGCUGGACAACCCCAUAAGUGUCCAAUCUCCCGUAUAGCUGUUUUUGUAUUGACUUAAAACAUAGUAGUUAUACUUGGCGCCCAACUAUACGAAACGAACGGUAUUCGGUGGUUUGAUUUGAAUAAAAUCUAAGGAUUUUCAAUUCAGACGGGAGGUGAGUACACAAUCAUAUUUCUUAUGUUUGUGUAGGAACCGUACUGUUCUUCUUCUAGACAAAAUAAAUAUUUGAAUUUAAUUCAUAUUAAAUGCAGCUUUAGACAAGAGCAGUUAAGAUUUCAAAUUUGGAUUGUAUCUUGAGUGGAGUUUUUAGAAGAGAGUUGUGAUAUUAUCAAGGUCCUGAUUGAUCAAUAAAACCAUAAACACAAACACAAAAACACAUAAAUAUUUAUUAUUCACAUUUGUUUGUACUUAUUUCUAUUUAUUAAAUAUAUGCACGUCUGUUAGUGGUACUUGUUUGCAUUAUUAUUAUUUUAAUUUGUUAUUACGACAGAUAACCUGUUGUUAGUAUUUUACUUUAUUUAUUAUAUUCUUGCCAUUAUAUUGUUUUUAAUUACUAUCACCAUGGAAGCAUUUGAAAUGCAAUAUCGUUCAAUGAACGUUGAUCACCUACAGGAUGACGAAAUUGAACAUGAGUUGAACAUCCGGUUGAUAACUUGCGGUAGUGAUGAUAAGCGGGAUGCUAAGAAACGGAAGUUAAGGAGAGCGAUUAAAGAUGAAAGUGUCAAGGUUGUUUUGAUUACAGAUCCGGUACAGUGUGCCUCGGAGGCAGAUGCAGUGGAUAGGAAAUUAGCUUUGAUUCGCGAUCGACUAGAAAAUCAGAAUCCCAAGAAAGUAGAAUUACCCGCGUUUAAAACCAGACUCAUUCACCUGUAUUUCAGGGUGAUGAGGCUAAAAGAAUAUAUAGAUACAGAUGGAUUAGAAAGUUCAGCACUAAAAAUGCUAAAUGAAAAUUUUUCUAUGUUUUCUUCCAACCCGAAUACGAGCAAGCGAGAAAAGAAAGCUACUCGUAAGGCGUUGGAAAAACUGAAGAAGAAGGGCGAUAAGGUUUUCACUGGAAACUCAGAAUCUUCGGAUGACUCCGACGAGGAAGAUUCCGACGAGAAAGAUUCCGACGAGAAAGAUUCCGACGAGAAAGAUUCCGACGAGAAAGAUUCCGACGAGAGAGAUUCCGACGAGGAUGAUUCCGAAAAUGAGAAGGAGUCCAGUGAUGAUACCGUACGCGCCAACAGGAACACUGGUACAUUGAAGCAAGUCAAGAAGAAGCCCAAGAGGAAUAAAAAGAAAGUAGAGGUCCUUUCGGUUAGAACGGUCAAAAUGUUGAUGAAGCACAUGGAAUCUAUGAUAGAGCAGAAGUUGAGCCGCUUGGAUUUGGGAAAGAAUUCUAAGUCGGUUAAACACACGGCGAACCCGGUCAAGGAAAAACGUUCUAAACCAGAUAAGAAACAAAGAACAAAACCGGAGAAGAAGAAAAACAAGCGAAAGCCAACGGAUGACAGUAGCGAGGACUCGGAAGUCACGGAAAGCAGUGAUGAAGAUGUGGCACGUACUCUACGAAGACGGCCACGUUCCGUGGCGGACUGGAAGGUAAAAUAUGAUGGAAAGGACGAAGGAAAGAAGUUGAACAGGUUCAUCGCUGAAGUGGAAUUUAUGGCGGAAGCCGAGCAAAUUUCACGACGCGAUUUGUUCAACGAAGCCAUCCAUCUCUUCACCGGAGACGCACGAACGUGGUACAUGGAAGGGAAGAACAAUGGUGAUUUCCGGAAAUGGAGCGAGCUUGUUACUGAGCUGAAGCUUGAAUUUCAACCUCCAGAUAUGGAUUACAACUACGAGCAGCAAGCAGCUCAGCGUAGACAAAAACGUUCGGAAAAAUUCCAGGACUUCUACAACGCGGAGAUGGAGAUUUUCCGUUUUAUGGCAGUACCACCGAGCGAACAAAGGAAAUUUGAAAUAAUUUUCAGGAACCUCCGUUCGGAUUACAAAAACGUACUAGCUGUCAGGAGAGUCCGAACGUUGAAGGCGUUGAAACGCUGGGGAAAGAUUCUGGAUUCGGCUAACAGUUGGAUGUACCGGACUAAAGAUUCAGAACCGGCGCCAAAGUCAGCACAUGUUCACGAAGUGUCUCGUGAUCCGUCCCAGAAAUACAACAAACCGGAAACGAGACCGUGGAAAGCGGCCGAUUCUGGAACUAAACCAAACUGGAAGGGAACCCAAGGAUCGAGUAAGCCACCGGCAUUCAGGCCUCCAACUCAGGAACGGAACGAAAAUCAAGGUUCUAGUGCCAGUACAUUAGAGAAACGAGUACAGAACUAUCGCGUCCCAGAUAAGAUGGUCUGUUUCAACUGUAGGGGAAGGAACCACCACUUUGAAGUCUGCAUGAUGCCAAAGGAGGUAUUCUGCACGGUUUGUGGGUUCCAUGACUACCCCAAGGAAAAGUGUCCAUUUUGCCUAAAAAACGGGCGAACUUCGGUGUAGG